CCUUGACCUUUUUUUACGUUUCCCUUUGUUCCCCACUCCCACCCUUUCCGCCCACCCCCUCGUCCAAUCUGGACCAGGCUGCGGACCGUCUUAUCAUUCCGCUACUUGGGGCUCUCCUCGCGCCGGUGCGCUCGUUCCUGAGUUGUCCCGGAGUGACGAGACGCCACCUCUCCGUACUCCCGGACCAUGGCGUUGGAGGUGCAACCGCCCAGCGAUCGCAAGCGGGUGAAAGUUUACGAACUCAGAGAUAAUGACUGGUUUGAUCGUGGGACGGGUUUCUGCACCGGGCAGAUCCUAGACGAUGAGCCGCGAAUAUUUGUCGAGUCGGAGGAUGAGCCCAAUCGGGUGCUCCUGGAGACGAAAAUCUCCAAGGAUGAUGGCUAUCAGAAGCAACAAGAAACCUUGAUCGUAUGGACGGAACCCAAUGGGACGGACAUGGCACUCAGUUUCCAGGAGGCGGAGGGGUGCGCCGUGAUCUGGAACUUUGUCAACAAUGUCCAGCAGCAUCUUCUCAGUAUGGCGCCAGGAGAAGAUGCACUAUCGGACGACAUCGACUACCAGCCGAUCAUUCUGCCUCCCGCCGAGCUCGGAAAUCUGCCGGAGAUUGACCACGUCAUGAGAGCCGCCAGCAUCACCCAGGCUGGGCGCGACGCGCUGUCGAAGUUCGUAAUUCGGGAGGAAUACAUCCAGAAGCUGAUCCCGUUGGUCACCGUGGCGGAGGAUCUCGAGAGUCUCACCGAUCUGCAUCGCCUCUGCAAUAUAAUGAAGUCGCUCAUCCUUCUCAACGACAACACCAUCAUUGAGACCGUGGUCACCGAUUCCAUCAUCAUCGGAGUGGUCGGGGCAUUGGAAUAUGAUCCUGAGUUCCCGACUCACAAAGCCAACCACCGGAUGUACCUCGCAGACCAGUCGCGCUACAAGGAAGUCGUGCCCAUCAAGGAUCCGCUGAUCCGUCGCAAGAUCCGUUGCACCUGGCGCUUGCAAUACCUCAAGGAUGUUGUUCUGGCCCGAAUCUUGGAUGACCCGACGUUCUCGGUCCUGAACUCCCUGAUCUUCUUCAACCAGGUCGAGAUUGUGAACCACAUCCAGGCAAAUGCUCCGUUCCUGAAGGAGCUCUUUACCGUCUUCGACCCGAGAAGUAACGACACGAAGCGCAAGGAAGACGCAGUCCAGUUCCUCCACCAAUGCGCUGUGAUCGCAAAGAAUUUGCAGGCGCCGGCGCGUGCCAAUCUUUUUGCGAACUUCAUCAGCCACGGUCUUUUUGCGGUCAUCGCCUUCGCUAUCAAACACCCGAAGCCGGCUCUGCGCACGACGGGAAUCGAUAUUCUGGUGUCACUUCUCGAUCAUGAUCCCAUUAUGAUGCGCGGGUAUAUGCUCAAAGCUGUCAACGAGAAGAAGACCCCCCUUACCGACACGCUGAUUGACUUGCUGCACACGGAGCCCGACCUGGGGGUCAAGAACCAACUUGCAGACGCCGUGAAGGUGUUACUGGAUCCGCAGGUCGCUGUGCAGGAGACCAUGGGUCGGGCUGGGCCCGAUCAAUUUAAGCCGCGCACAAUCCUCUCGGACGCGUUUGUCCAGAACCACUUUGAUGAAUCUGCGAGGAGGUUAUUUUGGCCGCUGAAGCGGCUGGAACACCGUGACCAUCUUCAAAACCUUACGUUCCAGCAAGUAGCUUUGUUUUCGCAUCUCGUUGAUAUCCUGUCGUUUUUCGUCCGUCAACAGCAACACAGAACCCGCAAUGUCAUUUUCAAUGAUUCCCUUGGUCGUCGGAUUGAGCUCUUGCUCACGGUGCCCCAUAAGCAUCUCAAACUGACUGCACUGAAAUUCUUCCGCCAGUUGAUUAAUCUUCAUGAUACCUUCUACCAGGCCUUGCUGACCCACAGCAAUGUAUUUGGGAGUAUUCUCGACGUGGUUUACGAGACCAUGCCACGCGACAACCUACUCAAUUCGGCUUGCCUCGAACUAUUUGAAUACAUCAAACGGGAAACCGCAAAACCCCUCCUUGUGCACGUGGUGGAGAAGUACCGCGAACGGAUCCAUAAUAUUACCUAUGUCAACACGUUCCAGAACUUGAUCGACCGCUACGAGCAUUUCCAGGGCUACGGUGUCGAGCCGGAACCCACUCUUUACUCGCAGGAAGAGGUGAUCCCGGCGCGGAGGCUACAGGUCAACGGGCAGCGUUGGCAGGGGGUCAAAGAAAUGGAUCCCGCGGAGGAAGAGUAUUUCAACACUUCCGACGAUGAAGAGGAGUGGCAGCAGGAGACGAGGCAGAGUGUCGGGGUGCAAAACGGUGCGGCUUCGCCCGUUGUUAAACCUCUCGUUGACUAUCCCGACGAUGACGACGAAGACGAUGCCAUGGAUACUAAACCUGAACCCGGCGACGAGGGGCAAGGCCCAACACCCGAUGGCGAAAGUCGCGACGCUUCCAUUGAUUCACCCGAGGAUCCGUCCACACCCGUUUCGUCGACGAGGGGCCAAACGCCUCCCGAGCGGUUAUCGGAGAAGCGCCGGCGCGAAGAAGAAGACGAUGACGAGCUGAUGAAACUCUCGUCCGGACCCAAACGACGAAGCUCGACGAGCAGCGGGCCCGGGAGUGCUGGGCCCCUGCGACGAAAGCGAAGUGUGUCGUUCGGCUCACUGUCCCCUAACGAGAAGGGCGGAAACACGACUACCAGCGCACCCCCCAGGAGAAUAGCCAUCAAUCUCAGCUCGGCUACGAUCAAAGGGACUGACACUGGCUCUACCGACUCGGCAACGGACAAGUCGAGUAGCGAGAAGGAAAACCGGGGCGACAACCACGGUGGUGAAGGUGGAUGAAUAAUGCCACGCGUCUUGUCUUCAUGCUGAGUCGAGAACAGUCGGUCUUUCUGCAAGCAUCGUUCUCGUCUGUCAGAGUAACCUGUUCUUUGCCAGCUUGUUUUACGACAGCCUUCUAGAUACCAGAUGAAGUGAUGUGAUUUAUUAUUGUUUUGUGGACCGGACGUAUUCUCCUGUACGAUUCCCUUUCCGUUUCUCCCUGCAUCUUUGCAACUUUGUCCUUUCCUUAGAUAUCAUGUAUUACGGGUUUUCAGAUCAGACCUUCUUGUUUCGUUUUUCACCUUUGCCAUCGGAUCCGGGUGGUAUGAUGUACAUCUACUGCGCAUUCUCUGCU